AAUCAGCACACUGGUCUGAGACUUUGAUUUUGACAAUUACCUGAAGUAGGGAUGCCUGCAGAUUUCAAUGGUUACUGGAAAAUGGUCAGCAAUGACAAUUUUGAGGAGUAUCUGAAAGCAUUGGAUGUAAAUGUUGCUGUAAGAAAAAUAGCAAACUUGCUAAAACCUGACAAAGAAAUCUUUCAGAAUGGGGAUCAUAUGAUCAUUAAAACGCUAAGCACUUUUAGAAACUACAUCAUGGAAUUUGAUGUAGGAAAGGAGUUUGAGGAGGAUUUAGCUGGGGUGGAUGAUCGCAAAUGCAUGACCACCGUAUCUUGGGAUGGAGAUAAGCUUCUUUGUGUACAGAAUGGAGAAAAAGAAGGUCGUGGUUGGACCCAGUGGAUUGAAGGAGAUGAAAUGCACCUGGAAAUAAGAGUGUGUGGAGUCAAGUGUAAGCAGGUCUUUAAGAAGGUACAGUGAGCCUACUGCUGAUACAGAAGUGAAGAACAGUAGAAUUUACAGAUUUACCACCAAAUCUCCAAGUGCUAGUAAUGAACAUCAUCAGUGACAAGAGCAAACACAAAAAUGAAGAUCACAUUAGAACUGUAUAAUUAGAAUAAAAUAUUUUUAACAAAUCAUUUUAAAGAAAUAACUGCAAAGAAAUGCCAAUUAAAGAUAUUAAACACUAUAAA